AUGAACAAGGAAUUGGCAUCCAAAUUUUUAUCAAGUAUCAACCAUGAACGCGAACAAGAUAUUCAAAUAACUUCUAAGUUAUUGACAACGCUAUCUAUCCAACAAUUGGUGCAAAAUGGCCUGGCAAUAAAUAAUGUACAUUUAGAAAAUAUAAGGUCUGGUCUCAUUGGAAAGCUGUACAUGGAGUUGGGGCCCAAUCUAGAGAUCAACGACAGAAUACAAAGAGGUGACAUGAGGAUAGGUGAUAUUGUUUUGAUACGGCCCGCAAAGACCAAGACCAAGGCAAAAACCAAGGUGAAAAAGACACCUGAAGACUCCAAUGAGGACCAAGUGGAGUGUUCGGGCGUCAUCUACAAAAUGAGCGAUACUCAAAUCACCAUUGCUUUGGAAGAGUCUCAGGAUGUUAUCGCUACCACUUUUUAUUCUUAUAAUAAGCUUUACAUCUUAAAAACUACUAAUACUGUCACAUACAAAAGAAUGGAAUCCACAAUGAGAAAGCUAUCUGAGUUUACUUCACCAGUACAAGACAAGAUCACACAGUAUUUAGUAAAUGAACGUCUUUUCGUCCCCAAAAGUGGCGAACUUCAAAACGUUGGAUCUUUCUUGAACCCGAAUCUAAACGAUUCUCAAAAAGCUGCCAUAAAUUUUGCCACUAAUAAUGACUUGACCAUUAUACAUGGUCCUCCGGGAACCGGCAAAACGUUUACUUUGAUUGAGUUGAUUCAGCAACUUUUAAUCAAAAAUCCCGAAAAGAGAAUCUUAAUUUGCGGACCUUCCAACAUCUCUGUGGAUACUAUCCUGGAAAGAUUGACGCCUCUCGUGUCCAAUAACUUAUUAUUAAGGAUUGGUCAUCCCGCAAGGUUACUAGACUCCAAUAAAAGACAUUCUCUUGAUAUACUUAGUAAAAAAAAUACGAUCGUAAGGGACAUUUCACAAGAGAUUGAUAAAUUAAUUCAAGAAAACAAAAAACUAAAAAAUUAUAAACAACGUAGGGAAAAUUGGAAUGAAAUUAAACUACUGCGCAAAGAUUUGAAAAAAAGAGAAUUCAAAACAAUUAAAGAUUUGAUCAUCCAGUCUAGGAUAGUAGUUACCACUUUACAUGGCUCAUCCUCGAGAGAACUAUGUUCUCUUUAUAGAAAUGACCCAAAUUUGAAACUCUUCGAUACAUUGAUCAUCGAUGAAGUUUCGCAGGCGAUGGAACCACAAUGCUGGAUUCCACUAAUUGCUCAUCAAAAUCAAUUCGACAAGUUAAUUCUUGCCGGUGAUAAUAAACAAUUGCCGCCCACAAUAAAAACGGAAGACGACCAAAACGUCAUCCGUAACUUAGAGACCACAUUAUUCGAUAGAUUACUCAAAAUUUUCCCCAAGAGGGAAAUGAUAAAAUUCUUGAAUAUUCAAUACAGAAUGAAUGAAAAAAUCAUGGAAUUUCCUUCGCAGUCAAUGUAUCAUGGAAAGUUAAUAGCCGAUGCAACAGUGGCAAGUCGGCUAUUAAUAGAUAUAUCAAGCGUUGAUGUUUCCCCAUCCGGUGAUGAUGAUAUUGACACGAAACUGCCCUUAAUUUGGUAUGACACUCAAGGUGAUGAGUUUCCCGAAACUGCCGAUGACGCCACAAUUCUUGGGUCUAAGUAUAAUGAAGGCGAAAUUGCCAUUGUGAAAAAGUAUAUCGAGAGUUUAAAAUCCUUGAACGUCCAGCAGGAUUCUAUAGGCGUUAUCUCUCCAUAUAAUGCACAAGUCUCACACUUAAAAAGGUUGAUUCAUGGCAAGUUGGAAUUAAACAACAUUGAAAUAUCAACAGUGGACGGGUUCCAAGGCCGUGAAAAGGAUGUUAUUAUCUUGAGUUUAGUUCGUAGCAACGAAGAAUUUGAAGUUGGUUUUCUGAAGGAGGAAAGAAGGCUAAAUGUCGCCAUGACAAGACCCAGAAGACAAUUAGUUGUUGUGGGCAAUAUAGAAGUGUUGCAAAGAUGCGGUAACAAGUAUCUGAAAAGUUGGUCGGAAUGGUGUGAAGAAAACGCUGAUAUAAGGUACCCCAACAUUGAUGAUUAUUUAUAA